AUGUUCCCGGCUUUUAGCGGCCUCUGCGGCCACUUUCUCGCUCUCUGCCUCGGCCUCUCUCUAGUCUUAACCCCAAUCCAAGCUUAUCAACAACUGUCUGACGAUACCCUGAGGGCUUUGUCUCGCCCUGGCGACGAAUUUGAUAUUCAUAAUGGCGCGGUCCUUUCUCCGUUCCUCCAACCUCGCGUCCCUGGCACCUCGGGCCAUGCCGCCGUGCUCGAGCAUAUGGUGAAAUACGUACAAACCACAUUACCCAAGUGGGAAAUCGCAUUCCAGAACUCUACGUCAAAGACCCCGGUCACCGGCAACAAAGACAUCCCAUUUGUGAAUUUGAUUGCGCGCCGUGACCCCCCUGGUGUCCCCGUCGGCGACAUCGCUCGGUUGACCCUCGUUGCACACUAUGAUAGCAAGCUAGAACCGGAAGGCUUCAUUGGAGCUAUCGAUAGCGCGGCACCAUGUGCAAUGCUAUUGCAUGCAAUGCGCAAUAUUGAUGAAGCCUUGACCCAAAAGUGGGCCACUGCAGAGGAACACGGUAUCGACAUGACUCUUGAAGAGACACGUGGUAUCCAAAUAAUCUUCCUCGACGGCGAAGAAGCAUUCCAACAUUGGACUGCGACCGACUCUUUGUAUGGUGCUCGGUCCCUUGCUGAAAGCUGGGACUCAACGAUCAAUCCAGCUAUGUCGACAUUCAAGACCGAACUGGCGUCCAUUGAGAUGUUCGUCCUUUUGGAUCUACUAGGCUCGAAGGAUCCAUAUAUCCAGUCCUUCUACCCCACCACUCAUUGGGCUUAUCGUAAUUUGGGCGACUUGGAACGUCGUCUGAGAGCUGUUGGCCAGUUCAAAUCUUCCGGGGCUGACCCUUGGUUCGUGGACACGCUGAAGACUUCUCGCGAAGUCGAACCCCUGGGCGGCCUUCAGGACGAUCACAUUCCUUUCUUAGUGCGAGGUGUGGAUGUGGUCCAUGUCAUUGACUUUACACCACACAAAGGCUUCCCUUCCGUGUGGCAUACCAUAGAAGAUGACGGCGAGCAUCUGGAUAUGCCUACGGUCGAAGACUGGUCCGUCCUGGUCGCAGGAUUCGCAGCGGAGUGGAUGGAGUUGGAGGGACACAUGCCCACUGCAGAUGCUCCAGGAAGGGAGACGCCCCCGAGAGACCAGAAGUCACGAAAAAUCACAAGGACUCCAGACGAGCCGAAGAGUUGGAGGCGGAAGCCAUCCGUCUCAACAAGAAGACCGAGUUUCCCUGAUACGAGUUGGCGCCCAUGCUUCGGAGCUCUGCGUGUUGAUAAUGACUAG